AUGACCUCUGCUAGGCUUUGGGACAGCAAUGAUGAGGAAGGUUUCAACAAUAAUCGUGUCGAAGAGAUGAUAGAGGCCAAGUUGUUGAAGUCGCGUUGGGUUGGGGAGGCCCUUCAAUCCAAGGACGGCCUUUUUAGCGGCCCUCUGGACGCGCUAAAGGCAAUCACGAUCUCGGAUGAGACCGGAGUGUGCAACUGGGCUUCCGUACUCUAA